AUGUCCAACGGCAAGCCGACAUAUAACAGUGACUCUUCUUACAUGUCGAGCAUACCGGUCUGUUGCUUUCUCAGGGCAAUGCAGCCGACAAGUAGUUUACUUCGCUGGACCGAUGAUCUCCAUAAGAUCUUCCUGGAAGCUGUAGAGUAUCAAGGAGGCCCCUAUGAGGUGAAGCCAACUGCGGUGAAGGAGAAAAUGGAAGCUAUGGGAGUCACAGGCCUCACAAUCUGGAACAUAAAAAGCCACCUCCAGAUCUGA